AUGCUUCCCAUGUUUCAUAUUAAACUAAACAUCCCCUAUGGUCUGUAUCGGCCCUUAGAUAAGGAAUUCGGAAUGUUCUUGGGAAUUCCCGGUUCUGGACCAGCAACUAUCGUUUUCACUCCAAGUAGCCCAGAGAAGGCGCCCACUGCCAUCGUUGUGAAUGAACAGGGCAGCAGCCUGCCAGAUCUGCCGGUUCCCAGUGGCGUUGGUAAACGUGAAAGGGUCGAGGUGGACCCCAAGAAGUGGACGCCGCUAAUGCUUUUAUACGACGAGGACGUUAAGAACAUAGAGCUGAACGGAGGAAUACAGUUUUAUACCGAGGACCUUAAAAGUCCGGACAAGAACACUGUCCUAGUUCCACAUCGUACGUCCCAAGCUUCAAUUUUGCCUUUAAUGUCCUUUCCGUUAAAAAGGUAA